AUGCGUGUGUUUAUUAAACGCCAUAAAGUCACGCCUUCUCGACGAGAUACAACAGCGCGGAGGCUCCUACUCGACGAGCAAAUCAACCAUGGAUUCCACGAAGAGGAAUUUCGUUCAUCAACCCAAAAUCAGCCGUUCACAAUCCCUAAUUUUCCCGAGGAUCUCAUUGCUGAAAUCCUUUUAAGACUCCCCGCUAAAUCCUUGGUGAAAUUCAAGUGUGUUUCGAAACCAUGGCGUUCUUUGAUCUCAAGCCCGGAGUUCAUCAAAACCCAUCUCGCAAUUGCAUCUGGAAGGGACGAUUAUGGCCACCAUCGUCUGAUCUUUACUGUACUUUCUAAAUCAAGAAAAUUGCGCAACCAGCUGUAUUCGGUUAGUUCUCUGUUGCACAAAUCUAUUUCCGCCGCUAAGGUAGUUAAUAUCGAUAAUCCAUUGCAACAUCCCGAAUCAGUGACCGUUGUGGGUUCUUGCAAUGGGCUGGUUUGCUUUUAUAACAGGAUAGGUGAACUUGUUUUGCGUAACCCUUGCACUAGGGAGUAUAAGAAGUUGCCUGACACGGGUAUAGGAGGGGGCAAUGAGGCUGGUUCCAGUUGGAUUUUCGGGUUUGGUUAUGAUAAUUUGAAUGACGAUUAUAAACUAGUUGGGAUUUAUUGGGGCCUAUAUUCUGAUCCAGACUGUAAAAUCAUUUUGUAUAGCCUAAAGAAUAAUUCUUGGCGCAAGAUGGAUGAUUUAAAGGUUGCGGGUCCCAGUUUUGGCAAAAGGUUUUAUCUAUGCAAGUGGAAAGCUCUAUUGGCCUGUCCAUGA